UCCCCGGCGGCUCUGCGGGAGGACGUCGGGCGCCGGGAGAAGAACUGAACCGAGCACCGCGCACCCCGCUGCGCCCCGGUGUCCGUCCUGCCCGCCGCAUGCAGCGUAGCCUCUCGCCGAUUGUCUGGUCCAGGCCUCGAUGAGGAGCCCAAACAUGGAGACGUUCAAGCAGCAGAAGGUGGAGGAUUUUUAUGACAUCGGAGAGGAGCUGGGGAGCGGCCAAUUUGCCAUCGUGAAGAAGUGCCGGGAGAAGAGCACAGGGCUGGAGUAUGCAGCCAAGUUCAUCAAGAAGAGGCAGAGCCGGGCCAGCCGUCGGGGCGUGUGCCGGGAGGAAAUCGAGCGGGAGGUGAGCAUCCUGCGGCAGGUGCUGCACCCCAACAUCAUCACGCUGCACGACGUCUAUGAGAACCGCACCGACGUGGUGCUCAUCCUCGAGCUGGUGUCCGGAGGAGAACUGUUCGAUUUCCUGGCCCAGAAGGAGUCAUUAAGUGAGGAGGAGGCCACCAGCUUCAUUAAGCAGAUCCUGGACGGGGUGAACUACCUUCACACAAAGAAAAUCGCCCACUUUGAUCUCAAGCCAGAAAACAUCAUGUUGUUAGACAAGACCAUCCCCAUCCCACACAUCAAGCUGAUUGACUUUGGCCUGGCUCAUGAAAUAGAAGACGGAGUUGAGUUUAAAAACAUUUUUGGAACACCAGAAUUUGUUGCUCCAGAAAUCGUGAACUAUGAGCCACUGGGACUGGAGGCAGACAUGUGGUAA